AUGAAGCGUCUAGUGUACUGUCGUACAAAUUUUAUCAAAGAGGAGGGAGCAAUUUGUACCUAUCAUGUGAGGGAGGCUAUUGUUGUGGGUGAGGGGAUGAAGAAAGUGGAAUUUGUUGUGUACUUUAAUUCAACUGAAUGUGAGCUCCUUUGUAUGUCUCGAUUGUUUGAGUUUAGAGGUAUUAUGUGUGCACAUUCACUUUCUGUGCUCAUUGAGAGAUCCAUAUAUGAGGUGCCAACUAAAUGCAUUGUUUCGAGAUGGAGAAAAGACUUGGAAAGAGGCUACACGUGCAUUCCAACCACAUAUACUAACUUUGGCUCUUCUCUACAUCCAAAGUUGCAUGAUAACUAUCACAACACGUUGGAUGAGAUCCUAGAUCUUGCUACCAAUGAUGAUGCUAAACACAAAGUGAUUCAACUUGGGUUGAUGAAAAUCAAGGAUGAAGUGAGAACAGUUCAAUCAAGUAGUGCAAGUAAUGUGCCAUGUACUAGUACUUUACCACCUUCAAGUAGUACUUUACCACCUUCAAGUAGUACUUUACCACCUUCCCAUACUUCAUCAAAAAGUCCGCCUCGUAUCAAUACUACAAAAGAAAGCAUGACUUGCAAGAUACGAAGUCCUUUGGUUGCUUGCCGAAGAGGCCGUCCAUGUACGAAACGGAAGGUUAGCAAGAUUGAUGCAAUAGUCAAUCGAUUGAAGGGAAGGGAAAGAAUAAGAAGGCACCAGUUACCACAAGUGGGGACGACAUUGGGAGAACAUCUCACCAAGAAGCUGGAAUGGUCAACAAUAUUAGCAGUCAAAGAUCGAUAG